CUUUGACCCUUAAGUAACCUUCACCGGUAUACAUGUGCCACACAGACGCCGAGCAACGUUUGUAGCAGCUGUAUAAUAAUAUACAAUGGCGAAAUAUCUUGCACAGAUCAUUGUAAUGGGAGCACAGGUGGUGGGACGAGCAUUUGCUCGUGCUUUACAACAAGAAUAUGCAGCCAGCCAAGCAGCGGCGCGGGCAAGGAGCACCACAGGUCAGCAGUCAGCUGCAGCCUCCAGCAUCACCGGAAUGACCCUGCAAGAGGCGCAGCAAAUCCUCAAUAUCUCCACACUCACCCCGGAGGAGAUUCAGAAGAACUACGAGCACCUUUUUAAAGUCAAUGACAAGUCAGUGGGCGGUUCGUUUUACUUACAAUCAAAAGUGGUGCGGGCUAAAGAGCGUCUAGACGAGGAACUAAGUAUUCAAUCAGAACAACAAAAGCCGCAGUCACAGCAGAAUACGGAAACAUGAAGUAUGAAAUGAUGCUCACUCUGUCUUUCCUCUCCCUGUCCUCUGUAAAUUAUAACCCAAUAAAAGCCUUCUUCUUUUC